CGGAUACGCCGCGUAGCAGCAAGAAACUCAUUUUGAAACUGACGUAUUUCGACUGAUUUUCAGUCGAAGAUACAUCGCGAUGAUCAUCGAGUAAGAGAUGUUGACCGGCCAGCAGAAGACAGCAACAGCAGCAGCCAGCACAGCUUUUGCAGAUUAUAUGUCGGACCGUCUGCGAAACCGUCACGUAUACCGUUGACUCAUUGAUAUGGGCGCAAAUCAUGUGUUUUCCCGACUCUGCUUUUAUAGUCAUUGUCGUCGUCUUUGCAGCGCUUGCACGCAACACCGACAAUAGCAGCAGCAGCAGCAGCAGCAGUAGUAACAGCCUCAGCCUCUCGGCACCUAACAAAGUGACAACUCGUACACCUACACAUAAACGACUGCCGCUGAGAUAUUUACACGUUCGUCCGUCGAGGACGAUGCUGAACAGCUGACUUUACUUUCGAGUGCAUGGAUCAUUAGCACCGCAGUGGCAGAAGCAGCAGCUAUACAACAACAACAAAGACGACGGUACUCGAUUGAAAAGCCGAGCCAUACUUCUCUCAUUGAAGAUCGUAACGAUGGCUGAAUCGAAUCCGACGGGAAAUUACAAUUUCAAGGUCGUUCUGCUGGGCGAAGGCUGCGUUGGAAAGACUUCGGUCGUGCUCAGAUAUGUAGAAGAUAAAUUCAAUGAUAAACACAUAUCAACGUUACAGGCCUCAUUUUUCAAAAAAAAAUUAAAUGUUAACAGUAAAAGAGUUAACUUGGCAAUUUGGGACACAGCAGGACAAGAAAAAUUCCAUGCAUUGGGGCCUAUUUAUUAUAGAAUGUCUAAUGGAGCCGUAUUAGUUUAUGAUAUAACUGAUGAAGAAACAUUUCAAAAAGUAAAAAGUUGGGUGAAAGAAUUGAAGAAAAUGCUAGGAAAUGAAAUUUGCCUGGUGAUAGCAGGCAAUAAAAUAGAUUUAGAAAAAGAAAGAAACGUUUCGGUCGAAGAGGCAGAAGAGUACGCGCGACAAGUCGGCGCGGUGCAUUAUAACACUUCCGCCAAAUUCAAUCACAAUGUUGAAGAAAUGUUCCUUGACCUAACGCAGCGCAUGAUGGAGCAAGCCCAAGAAGCUGAAAUGCGCUCGAGCUUGACACGCAACAAUAGCCAAAGACGCAAUGUCGUUGUCAUCGAAGACGAAUCGAUGGAAAGUGACCAGCCACGACCGCGAAGCUCGUGCUGCGGUGGCAGCAGAGAAUCGUAAUUACACAUUGAAACUUCACGAAUAUUACAAUUUUGUUUUGUAUACAAUUGUCAAGUUGCAGAGAAAUUGUAAUGCAAUGUUAUACACGAAAGUUGAGCCAAGAGUAUGGGUAGUUUGAUUAAAUGCGUUGUUGUGGAACAAUGCAAAAACUUUCAAGCCGCUAUGCUCACUGUGAAACUGAAAUUUUUUCAACACUUCAGAAAACUUGGUUUGCGCAAUUAAGAAUUUGUGAUAACUUUAGCCAUAUAUUUAUAAAAUGAAGAAAGAUAGGUGACGACAAGUUUUCGGUAAAAUAGCGUUACAAUUACUUGAUCAUUUUGAUUCGUCUUUGAUGAUAGUUUGUGCAAUUGUUAUUGGAGUCUUUGUUCAUUCUGUAAAUAAAAGAAUUCGGUGAUUUUGUUAAAUAAAUGAAUCCAGAACAGGAUAUUAAUGAGGUUACUAAUGGAGUUCUUUCUAAGAAAGCCAAAAGAUCGACUAUGUUUUAACUAUAACGAAGUAAUAUUUGUAAAAUAUAUAACUCAUCUAAUGUGAUUCAUUUUCAUACAUUUUAAAGGAAUUAUCGCUUCCUUUGAGCGGUAAUGCAAUUUUUGACUUGCGUUCGAUGGUGAGACUUUUCCACGAGUAUGGCUUGUUUGC